AGGAUUGCAUCUUCCUCGAACUAUAUAGAUAGAUAGAUAGAUAUUCUCAAUGGCGGUUCCAGCGGUCGACUUUCCGAUCGUAUUCGUAGUGAGAGUCAUCGGGACCAUAGUCACCGCCCUGGUUCUUAUUUGGACAGUGCAUUUCAGAGGAGGAUUAGCUCUCGUAUCCGAUAACAAGGAUCUCAUUUUCAAUGUACAUCCUGUUCUAAUGGUUUUUGGGCUUGUUAUAUUGAACGGCGAAGCCAUUCUAGCAUACAAAUCAGUUUCAGGAACAAGGAGCUUUAAAAAACUAGUACAUCUCGUAUUACAGAUGAUUGCAUUCUGCUUGAGCCUAAUUGGUGGAUGGGCUGCUCUGAAAUUUCACAAUGACAAGGGAAUCGACAACUUCUACAGCCUUCACUCAUGGCUAGGUCUUGCUUGUCUUUUCUUAUUUGGUCUUCAAUGGGCAGCUGGCUUUGUAACAUUUUGGUAUCCUGGUGGGUCUGGAAAGACCAGAUCCAGCCUCUUGCCCUGGCAUGUCUUUCUUGGUGGUUUUAUUUAUGUAUUGGCUGUGGUUACUUGCAUAACGGGUAUUCUUGAAAAGGCUACCUUCCUACAGGGAAGCAAGGUCAUAUCUCGCUAUUCCAACGAGGCUAUUCUACUCAACUGUCUUGGAGUGUUGAUUUUUGUUCUUGGAGGGUUUGUUAUUCUUGCACUUAUUGCUCCUUUAACAGCUAGUAAACGACUCCCUCUGAAAGAAUAGUAGUAAGUAGUUUAAGUUGGUCAGAUCAACAAUAUCAUAUCACUAG